AUGACUGACUCCCCAUCGCCGAUCGAUUCAUCGUUCGACGCUUCAGAUGUUGCCACACCGUGCACUGUAAUCGCAGCGAAAAGUAGCAUUAGAAAUUUUCGAGAUCUUGAAGAGGGAGAUGAUUUUGAUGAUGAUGAUGAUGGUAUUGAAGAUCAAACAGAUUAUACAGAAUCCUUUCCACAACCAGAAGACCGGGCGUUGGAUGGUGAAGAUCCAUCUAACAUUUACGUAGAUGAUCUCUCGAAAGAGUUCAGUGGAUGCGCUUCAUCGGUUAUGGAACCACUUCCAAAGCCUCUUACAUUUGCCAGAACAAUGACAAAGGUAUUCUAUCAUCUGGAUAAUGAUCCUGUUCCGUACACAAUUGAUGUCCAUGUUCCACCUGAUUGCAUGACUUUACGAGAUGUGAAGAGAAAACUUCCUAGAACAAAUUACCAGUAUUAUUGCAUUGCUUUAGAUCCAGAUUCCGGAAAAGAAGUUAGAGCGGAAAUUCGAGAUGAUUCCCAACGACUGUAUCCCUUGAGGAGUGGAGAGUUCAGGUUAUACAUGUUGACGAUUGAAGGGUCUGUUCAUUCGGAUACUAGUUCUGGAAGACACAGAAGAAAAAAUAAGGGAGGAUCAUCAAAUGGAAGCAGUAGUUCCAGAGAUUAUCUAAGAGCAGCUCGUGAUUAUGAUAAUCAAAGCGAGUCUCAUGCUGUUUUGAGUCGUUAUUUUACGUUUAUUCUUUCAGCGCCUUUCACAGAUGACGAAUCUCAAGUAUCUGAAACUCCUGUUUACGUGAAAAAGGCUAACGCAUUCAAUCGAAGGCAAGCUUCCCAAGCCUACGAUCAAUAUCAACCUCGUCACAUGCUUCAUGCGCGUCACCAUCAAAACCAUUACGAAGAUUCCACGUUUGAUGUGACUUCAGAAUCGGAAAGUCAAUUCCGCAGUGGAGCUCUAUAUGAUGAAGACGUAGACGAUGCUCAAUCCAUCAAUACUGAUUUGACGUCGGUUUCACAAGUGCAACUGAAAAAGAGAUGGCGUCAACAACAGAAAGAAAUGAGGAACAAGUGGAAACGAAUGCCGUCAAUGUCUACUGCCUCGUCUUCAUUGUCCAGCAUUACAGAAUCUUCAAUGGGUCUCGAAGUGAUCACUGUUCGUCUGAAUCUUCAAUCAAUGCCCCUAGGAAUGAUCCCAUACGGUCUCAAGACUGCAAGAGGCGGAGACGCAGGAUUAUAUGUUGGAGACAUCCUUGGUCGAGGAGCUGUAGCUUUAGAUGGAAGAAUUGAAGUUGGAGACAUGAUAUCUGAAAUCAAUGAAAUUGAUUUGUCCAACUAUUCGAACGAAGCAGCAGCUCAAUUGUUGAAAGAUGCCGUUGCUCCGCGACAAUUCGUCACACUGACCAUUGCGAAGUCGCUUGAUUCUAGAAAAGCAGCUGCGGCAGCUUCCGCAAGGAAUACACGUAACGAGCCAAUCCGUCCAAUUGAUACAAACGAAUGGAUAAAGCACGCGAAUGCGAUGAAGGGUAUGCCUAGUAUAUCAGAAGAAAGUUGUUCCACCCCGAUUCCUGACGAUUGGCCAACGAACAGCUCAGCGAGUGGAACACCUUUUGGUGGGCCUCAUCCAGCUAUCGCUCACAUGACAACGGAAACUAACAAAAAAAGGAUAAUGGAAAUUUUGGCAGCUCCCGGAUCUGGUCUAGAAAUUAAAGAUCGUGAAUGGAUGAAAUUGCCUCUGAAAAUGUGUUUUUUGGGAAAGGAUCUGGUGAAUUGGUUGCUCGAUCAUGUCGAAGGACUCCGUAAACAUAAAGAGGCGAAACAGUUUGCUAAAGAAAUGUGGAAACUUGGUUACAUUGUGGACGCUCUCGGCCAGAACGUAUUCUCCGAAAAUUGUUACUACAAAAUGGGAGAAGAGUGUGCUGAUUACACCCAACUUCGUGCACCUGAUGGAGGGUUCAAAUAUGCUCAAAGCCACACGUCAUCUGCAUCUGGCCACAGUAGCAACAAUAAUAUUUUUCCUCCAUCCAUGUACCCUCCUCAAAUGAAACCGAUGCCGUCCACUGCUGGUCUCAAUGCUCAUCACCGAAAUUCGGCUGUUUUGAAUUCAAUGGUCAGUGGAUACGCAUCAAUGCCGUCAUCACCAUUUCCUAAUGUGAAACCAUCUGCUGUUGAUUGCGGCAGAACACGAGAUGACGUACGCAGCCAAACAAGUGGAAGCAGCCAAGGAAGCUCACGAAGGUAUGUCGAACUUCCUCGCAAGCCAUCUUCUCUAGGAAGCGGAUCGGGGAUAAGCGAUCAGAUGAACAUUGAUCGUGUCGCUUCAAGAAGUUCGUUUCGAGCGGCGAUGAGUGGAAGUCUCCGUCAUUUCAGCAUUGACUAA